AUGGCGGCCGCCUCGAGAGGCCUUCUCGCGCGCCUCCGCCACCUCUCCCUCGCCGGGCCCCGCCUCCCCCCUUGCCGCCUCUUCUCCGCGGAGCCUCUCGUCUCCCAUCCCGACGACGACGAUGCCAGCGCCGGCGGCGAGGGCGGAGGCCGGAUCAUAGAGGCGCGUCCUGGUGUUAUGGGCCCGGACUCCCGGCGGACCGGCGUGAUCGGCGUGAAGUGCGGCAUGUCGGCGAUGUGGGACAAGUGGGGGGCCAAAGUUCCCAUCACCGUCCUCUGGGUGGACGACAAUGUCGUCUGCCAGGUCAAGACCGCCGAGAAGGAGGGGUUCUACGCGCUGCAGCUCGGAGCAGGCCAAAAGAAGGAAAAGCAUCUAACAAAGCCUGAAGUGGGCCACUUUAGAUCACAAGGAGUCCUUCUUAAGAGAAAAUUAAAGGAGUUUCCUGUUACUGAGGAUGCACUUCUUCCUGUUGGGACAACCAUCUCGGUUCGUCAUUUUGUACCCGGGCAAUUUGUGGAUGUCAUUGGAAUCACAAAGGGAAAAGGUUUUGCGGGUGGCAUGAAAAGACAUGGUUUUAGUGGGAUGCCUGCAUCACAUGGUGCUUCUUUAUCACAUCGCAGCAUCGGUUCUACAGGUCAAAGGGAUGCUCCUGGCAGGGUUUUCAAAAACAGGAAAAUGCCUGGGCGCAUGGGUGGUGUUCAACGCACAGUGAAAAAUGUAUGGGUUUACCAAAUUGACCCUGCCAGGAACUUACUGUAUCUGAAAGGCCAGGUUCCUGGUCCUCAAGGCAGCUUUCUUUUCGUCAAGGACUCUAUUUACAAGAAACCUGACAGAGCUUUGCUGCCGUUCCCUACGUAUUUCUCACAAGAAGGCGAGUUGGAAGACAUGGAGCCGCUCAUUGCCGAUCUUGGUGAUGUCGACCCGUUCAUGGCAGCAGAUUAA